AUGCGUUUGUCUCAUCCCCUUCACAGUAGUCUACUACCGCCGGGGGUGUGUUAUACGUGCGACGUUUGCGGCAAGACGCUCUCAACGAAGCUCACGUUAAAGCGGCACAAAGAGCAGCAACACUUUCAGCCGUUGAACAGUGCGGUUUGUGCGCUCUGCCACAAGGUUUUCAGGACGCUCAACAGUCUGAACAAUCACAAGAGCAUUUAUCAUCUGCUCGCCUCUAUGCCGCCGGGGCUGACCUUCAACUCUCUGAACACCCAGUCGGCGAAGAAGCUGUUCACCUGCCAGCUGUGCGGCAAGGUGCUGUGCAGCAAGGCAUCCCUGAAACGCCACGUCGCUGACAAGCACGCCGAGCGACAGGAGGAGUUCAGAUGCGUCAUCUGCGAGCGAGUCUACUGUUCGCGUACGGGCAAUGGGAUGCAUCCGGCAGCGACGACGCCUCCCUCUGCCAUGUACCGGAUACCACCGCCGACAGCGGGCGGUAUCAAUGAGCCUCAGGAAUGCCCGUACUGCCGUCGCACCUUCUCCUGCUACUACUCCCUGAAGCGUCACUUUCAAGACAAGCACGAGCAGUCGGACACGCUCUUCGUCUGCGAGUUUUGCAAUCGUCGAUAUCGCACGAAGAAUUCACUUACGACGCACAAGAGUCUCCAGCAUCGUGGCUCGAGCGGUAUGCUGAAGAGGCUUCUCAAGACAUCGGCCAUGAAGAACGUGCUCGGUAGCAUGCAACAGGCUCAACAAUUGCAGCAACAGCCGCAAUGA